AUUUCUUUUUUUGGGAAAGUCUUUCCUUUUUUGUGUGUGGUUUAGAGGAAAUGGUAGAGGACAAAGGGAAUAUAAAUUAGUGUAUAAAUGGAAGAGGAAAUAUAAUAAAGAAAGGCAUUCUCACUUCAAAUAAUCAACCAAUAUCCCUCCUCUGUCUAAAAACCGUUCUAGGGUUUUUAUAAUUUUCUUCCAUUUUCCUUUUAUCCCAUUUUCCCCCUUCUGUUUUUGGCUCAAAAUCACUUCUUUUCGUGUUGGGGGGCCUUUUUUUUUCUUCUGGGUUUUGAGUUUUUAAAACCAUUUUUGUUGCCUUUUAUAGUUAUUUCUUCCGUCCCUUGUUUGGUAUAGAUGUAUGCAUAAAUCGAUCCAUUAUAGUUUUUUAGAUUUUGAUCUGUGAAUUUAAAAAGUUGAAAAAGAUAAAAAAAAAAAAGAAGGUAAUAAUAAAAUAGAAAAUGGUGAGAGGAAAAGUAGAAAUGAAAAGGAUAGAAAAUGCAACAAGUAGACAAGUAACAUUCUCAAAGCGUAGAAAUGGAGUAUUGAAGAAGGCUUAUGAACUAUCUGUGCUGUGUGAUGCUGAAGUUGCUGUCAUUAUUUUCUCACAGAAAGGCCGUCUCUAUGAAUUUGCAAGCUCUGAGAUGCCAAAGAUUAUGGACCGCUAUCGCAAAUGUACCAUAGAUGCCAACAACAAUAACACUAAAUUUGAUAGACAACUUCAGUUACAGCAAUCAAGGCUUGAAGCUGAAAGCAUUAAUAAGAAGAUGGAGUUGAUGCAACUUUCUCACGGGAAGCUGUUGGGAUAUGGACUGGAUAAUUGUUCCCUUGAUGAACUUCAAGUACUUGAUGCUCAGCUUCAACGAAGCCUCUUCCAAAUUAGGGCUAGAAAGGCUCAGCUAUACAAGGAGCAGAUACAACAACUACAAGAAAAGGAAAAACUCCUUUGGGAAGAAAACAGGAUUUUGUCUUUAAAGGCUGCAGCUAAAGGUGGUGCCGCAACGCACGGCUGCCGGAGUAGCAGCUCAAGUUUGGUAGACACCCAAUUGUCAAUUUGAUCGUACGUGUGCAUGCCAUAAUAUAUUCAAUGUUACCCAUACAUAAAGAUAAAAAGAGUUUCAUGUGUAGUUUAUAAUUCAUUUUAUUUUCCUUGUAACUCCGAUCUUUAAUUAUUCAUGUCACCAAUGGAUAUUUGUGUGUUUGCAUUA